AAUCAUUAAUCUCUUUCUCCAAAAGGCAGGACCGGGACGUGUUUAGUUUGUGAUCUGGAUGUGAAGACAGGAUCUGGUCACACCCACCGUCCUCCACUUCCUCAUUCUCAGUCCGUACUGACGACCUCCACUCUCCACAUCACGCACACAUCCCAGUGUCAGAGAUGAGUUACCCUGGAUACCCACCUGCCUCCGGCCCGUAUCAGCAGGCCCCGGGCGGAUAUCCAGGUCAACCAGGAGCCUUCCCUCCUCAGGGCGGAUUCUACCCCCCUCAGCCUGGAGCGUUUCCCCCCGGAGCAGGAUACCCUCCCCAGGCCGGUGGUUACCCUGCUCAGGCGGGAGGUUACCCUGCUCAGGCCGGUGGAUACCCUGCUCAAGCGGGAGGUUACCCUGCUCAGGCCGGUGGAUACCCUGCUCAGGCGGGAGGUUACCCUGCUCAGGCGGGUGGUGGAUACCCAGCUGCCCCUGGAGGAGGCUUCCCACCCCAGGCAGGAGGUUACCCCGCCGCUCAGCCCGGGACCUACCCCAACAUGCCCCCUGCAGCAGGUGGAUGGGGCGCUCAACCCGGCUUUGGAGCUCCGGCUGGAGGAAUGCCUCAGGGUUACCCCGGGGUCCCAGUGCCGGGACAGCAGCCCAUGCCAGCGUUCCCAGGUGCUCCGAACCCAUCCAUGCCCGGAUAUGGAGGGGGCGUCCCGACCGGACCGACACCACCAGUCGGUCCUACUGUCAAUAAGGGUUUCCGAGGAACCAUCAAGGACUUUCCUGGUGCUGAUCCGCUCCGAGACGUCGAGGUUUUACGGAAAGCUAUGAAGGGCUUCGGAACCGAUGAAAACGCCAUUAUUGAGCUUCUCGGCAGUCGAUCCAACAAGCAGCGUGUGCCGCUGAAGGCGGCGUAUAAAACCACUUACGGCAAGGAUCUGGUAAGCGACCUGAAGUCGGAGCUGAAAGGAAACUUUGAAGAUCUGGUUCUGGCGAUGCUGAAGACUCCUGCGCACUUUGAUGCCUCUGAACUCAGGGAGGCCAUAUCAGGUGCAGGAACCGAUGAGGCCUGUCUCAUAGAGAUUCUGUCCUCUCGAAGUAAUGCUGAGAUUCGGGAGAUUACGAAGAUCUAUAAAGCAGAGUACGGUAAAUCUCUGGAGGACGCCAUCAGCGGAGACACGUCUGGACACUUUCGCCGUCUGCUCGUCUCUCUGUCUCAGGGUAAUCGAGAUGAGAAGGAGACCGUGGACAUUUCGAUGGCCAAGCAGGAUGCUCAGAAACUCUACGCUGCAGGAGAGAAAAAAGUUGGCACGGACGAGUCUCAGUUUAAUGCGAUUCUGUGCGCUCGCAGUAAACCUCAUCUGAGACAAGUGUUUCAUGAGUACCAGCAGAUGUGCGGCAAAGACAUUGAGAAGAGCAUCUGCGGUGAGAUGUCUGGAAACGUGGAGUCUGGAAUGGUGGCAGUGGUGAAGUGCAUUAAAAACACUUCAGCCUACUUCGCUGAACGUCUCAACAAAGCCAUGAAGGGUGCAGGAACCAAAGACAGGACUCUGAUCCGCAUCAUGGUGUCCCGCUCUGAGGUGGAUAUGCUGGAUAUCAGACAGGAGUAUCAGCGACUCUACGGGAAGUCUCUCUACACUGCCAUCUCUGGAGACACCUCUGGUGAUUAUAAGAAACUGCUCCUGAAGCUGUGCGGAGGAAGUGACUGAAGAACCAGGAAGUCAGAUGUGUUACCAUGAUGACUGGAUAUGUGACAUCAUCAUAUUAAUCCCUCGUAUAUCAAUGUGUCAUGUUAACUAAUUCUGUAAUCGCUCUUUACAGCUUUAUUAAGGAUUUAAUUGGUGCCUUAGAAAAGUUAUUACGAUAAAACCUUUCAUUAUUAGUUCUAUUUUGCUAUCUAUUCAGACUAUGCAUGAUCUGUAGAGAAGCUAUGUUUUGUACAGAUGCCAAAUCUAUGCUGUCACUCGCAACCAAAAAUACAAUCUGUUCUCCAUCACUGAAAUGCCUUGGAUGACGAAGUCUUUUGAAAUAAUGAAAUAUAUGCCAUAGUUUUUAUAUAGUGCGCUUUUAUGAUCUAUAUGCAAGAAGAAUAUAAGCUUGUCAAUCAUCAUGAAGGUCUUGAUGGGUCAGUCUCUAGAAAAUGUGUCCUAUUUUACCCCAAAAUUAAAAUAUAAAAUUAGAAA